AGCUCCACGCAUCCUGCCAACUCAAGCCGAUAGUUCCAAACGCUCAAACAGUCGGAAAGCCCCACACCGGUCCUCCUUAUCGCAGUAUUCUUUUUUCUCGUACAGGCCAGAUCGAACCGGCGAUGACCGCCUCUUUCGUGUAAGCAAAGGGCUCCAUUUCCCAACAUUCAGAGGGGCGAGCCCGCCUCCCCGCCUUGACAGAUGGAGCCAACCCCAGGUUUUCCGGCCCCGUUUCCCACGAACGGACCCUCUUACCAAGACUCUGGGAAGGGGUGAGCAAAGGUUGGCGGGUGAAUUUGGUGGCCUCUCAGAUCUUCGGUGAAUCUCAGCAGAUGGAAUUCACUUCCGGAUUAGGAUGGCAUCACCGUUGAGCGUGCGCAUCCAAGCACGUGGAGGCGAGACCAGACUAACGUUAUUGGUCUUUUGUUGUACGGUAGUGCUGCAGGCUGGACUGACGGCAGCAGGCUACUGAAGUGAAGUUUGUACCGGAAAUCAUCUCGCGGCCACCUUGCCGCACGCCAGUGCCGCCCCCCUUUUCCCAGUGUUCGUUGAGAACUGCGGAGAAAACAGGUCCACUGCUUGUCUCCUCUUCCCCAGACUCAAGAAUCCACAGUGGCAGGUUGGGUCCAAUUUUCUCCGCAUUUUAGCACGUCUUGAGGCUGCGUUAGGCGCGGAAGCUAAAAUGUCGACGAUUCCAAACCGAGACGUGACCGAGUUCAGGCGUUGCUUGCGAUUGGUUCGAACGAGUGCGGGGGAAAGUCUUGGACUUGUCUUGGCCAGGUCUUUGGGGGCAGGCCUGGGGGAAUGGUGAGGUCGUUGAGGGGCUCAUACGAUGGGUGUCGACGCCAAACAGCUUGUUCAUGACGCUCUGUGGCGUCGACCAUGGCUCUUGAUUCCCCUUGGCAGCACCGACUUGGUUGAAACCGUCGCUAGAACUCGGCACGAUGGUACUGAAGCCGAGGUAAUAGGGCAGAGCCAAGUAUUGAGGCUGACUGCUUGUUUUCGUGGGUUGACGACUUCCCGUGAAGAGUGUUUUUUUUUUUUUUUUUUUUUUUUUUUUUGGGUGGUUUGGAAUCUCGGAAGAAACGGGCGGAAACAGGCAGGAAUUAGAGAAGCUGAAAGCUCGAGGUCCACUGUGGAUAUCAUGAGGUUGUUAGUGGACUCAUCGAAGUCUCCAGACUCCAGAGUUCGUCGUGUUCCCAGCAUCAUGACUCGUGAAGUAUCGGAAGGGGGAUCUGCCCAGAUCUGGGCAAAUCCGGGGUAGCGCUACCGAGAGACAGGAUGGACCACACGUGCGUUACGUCGUGCAAUAAUCCGGGGACUCGGACGGCUCCCGAAGACGCAUGGUUGACCUUUGACGGAAGCCAUCUUGGUGACUGGAGUGCCGGCCGUGGUCUCGACCUCGGUCGCUAGCUUUUCCCUUUUCUCCAACUUCUUAGGGCUCGAUAGACGCAUUCUCUGCAUUCUUGGGGGUGGUCUGCCAUUGGGUCAUGUGACGGAUUGGGUAUGUGAUGGAGAUGGUUGGAGGACGUUGGGUAGGAGAACAGGGGUCGAGGAGGGGGGGGGGCCAUGAUCCAAAUCUCCUUUCUCUGUAGCGAAUGGAUGGUGAGUGGAUGCCGAGGUCAGAAAAUAGGGAUACGAAGAAGACACGAACCGUUGGGCAAAUCUUGGAGAAUAUGAUGAAUCGGAGACGAGAUUGCUCCUGAUGAGGGAGGGGCAAAUGUGGUUCAACUGGUGUUGGAUGCCCUUCCCCAACCAGUUUCUUGAGCAUUGAGAAGGAACGGGGAUGUCUGACAACCAACAUCUACGUAGCAAACAUCAAUCCUGGGCAAUAGCACCAGCCCGACCACAUCGAAACCGGGCUGCCAGAAAUAACAAACAGGUUGCAAUCCCUCGCUCGCUCGUCCUUCUCCCGAACUCCAAGACCGGCACUUUGGGGAUGCCGGCACACGUCUCCCCGCAAAAUCCACCUCUUUACCCCAGGGAACUGCAACAUUGAGGUGCAUUCCCGGACCCGGCGCCUUUGGACACCUGGUAGCGUCUCACAGCAGCAUCAGAGCGAGCAUACCCAGAGUCGGGUCAAACCAUCACUGUUGCCUUUUCCUCCUCCAUCACAAGACCGCAAAUCUUAUUCCGGUACUUCACAAAUGUUUCUGAGAAUGUUAAACUUUGAGCUUUCUCGAUCUGGAUCGAAACUUCAACAAUGCGCUCGAUCUCUUGUCACCAGCUAUUGCUGGCGCAAUGAUCGUGGACCACGCCUCGCCAUUGCUCCAAGUCAUCGAAGAAUCUGCUCUGCUGCUGUCCACGUGUGAGUAACAGUGGUGGCCGCAUCUGAGUCUGAAGCCUGCGCGCAAGUAUCAAUGCAUCUCACAUGUUCUUCUUCAAGCUUGAAAAGCACCUGUUGUGGUGGAUGACGUGUCUUUGAUUCUUAGGCGAGCCAUACCAUCCAAAGAUAGACCAGAACACCACUCUUCAACAGACCCGACGAACCCUCCUGCUUCUUAGGCAUCUUCGCAAACCACGAACCGGCGCUGCUUCGGGCUGUCGAGCCGCUCGGCAUGGUUGGGAGCAAAACCCAUCUAAAUAAAUUGAACACCCCCAAUCCGGACCUCCCCCUUCCGCCCUCGAUACGCCGCAACAUGACUUCGCGGGAACUCUGCACACGCAAAACGACCUCGAACCAGGGCUUGGCCAUGUAAAUAGAUUCAUCAAAACACCCCGGCACAUGGGCGGGAGCACAGCGAUUGGACAAGUUGUAUACAAGAGGUGUCAUUGACACCCAAGAUGAGCUUGACUGCAAACAAGCUAUAAAGAGACUCUUUGUCUUGACGCCAUUGCCAUGUUGAUCUCCUCAGCUCAGUCUUGACCAUCACCAGGUAUUUCUCUGCCCCCAGGAUGAAGUUCUUGUCCCUUCUUGCCGCUGCCUCCACGGCGACGGCUCAUACCAUCUUUGUCCAGCUCGAUGCCGGGGGCAAGGUGUAUCCUGUCUCGCACGCUAUCCGGACCCCCACCUAUGAUGGCCCGAUCACCAACGUUAACUCGAAUGACUUGGCCUGCAAUGGGGGGCCAAACCCGACGAUGAAGUCGAAUGAGGUCAUCACCGUCCAGGCAGGCACGACGGUCAAAGCGGUGUGGAGGCACACGCUGACUUCGGGGCCGAAUAAUGUCAUGGAUGCUUCCCACAAGGGGCCGACGUUGGCGUAUUUGAAAAAGGUUAGCAAUGCGCUGACCGACACGGGGAUUGGAGGGGGGUGGUUCAAGAUUCAGGAGGAUGGCUAUAACGGGGGGAAUUGGGGGACCAGCAAGGUUAUCAAUAAUGCUGGGUUGCAUUAUAUUGAUAUCCCCUCUUGCAUCGCCCCGGGCCAAUACCUCCUUCGCGCCGAGAUGAUUGCUCUCCACGGCGCUGGUUCGUCCGGUGGUGCUCAGCUUUAUAUGGAAUGCGCCCAAAUCAACGUCGUCGGCGGGACUGGCGCCGUCUCGCCCAAAACGUACUCCAUCCCCGGCAUCUACAAGUCCAACGACCCGGGUAUUUUGGUCAACAUCUACUCCAUGACCACGUCCUCAAAGUACACCAUCCCUGGUCCACCUCUCUUCACCUGCGCCGGCGGCAGCGGAGGAUCAGGUCCGGUGACGACCCAACCCGAACCAGUGGUGGAGGUGCCAGCCCCGACCCAGCCAGAGCCGGUGGACAGCGGGUGUGAGGCUGCGCAGUGGCAGCAGUGCGGUGGGCAGAAUUAUUCUGGUUGCACCAGGUGCGCGGCUGGGUUUACGUGUAAGAAUAUCAAUCAGUACUAUCAUCAGUGCUCGUAG